AUGAAGCCAGAAGAACAUGUUUUGACUGUUGUGAUCGAGUCAGCAGAGCCUGUUAUUGAUGAACUAGCUAAGAUCACUAUUCCAUCAAAAUUUGGUGUAUUUCGAAGGCUCAACAAGCAGUCUGUUGGUUCACGAAAAUCUCCAACUUCAUCUGUGACGAAGACAAGGACACGACAGUUGGUUAUUCAAGAAGAAUCUACUGAAGAAGACGAAGUCAUUCUUGAAACUCCCAAAGAAAUUCUUAUCACAAAACCUUCAUCUCCUGAGAGGACUACAGUCAUACCACAUGAAGUUUCGUAUGCCAAGUUAUUUCAUGAGGAGGCAUGA